AACAAACAGAAGCUAAGCAGCCAUUUCGGUUCCGGAGGAGUUUUUCCUGCUCUUUGGGCGUUGGGGAAUUUUAGCGUCGAAUAAAUUAUUUUUGCUGGGUGUUAAAAGAGACAUGAAGGACCCGACCAUCGGAACCACAUCCACCCCCACCGGUGCCGGAGAGGUCGUCCUCAGCAGCCAGUUCGGUUCCGAGGAGGAUCCGUUUGCGGAGUACAUGUGGAUGGAGAACGAGGAGGAGUUCAACAGACAGGUGGAGGAGGAGCUGUGGGAGGAGGAGUUUAUGGAGCGCUGCUUCCAGCAGAUGCUGGAUGAGGAAGAGCAGUGGGAGUGGUUCAUCCCGUCCAGAGACCUCCCCCCCGGCGGCGUGGCUCAGCUGCAGGACCAGAUCAGCCUGCUGGUUCGACCGGACGUUCGCCCCGACGCCUCCGACCUGGAAGUGGUGGUGAGGAGCAGCCUGAAUCCAAACGCCAAGGAGUUCACUCCAGGGAUCCAGAAACACAACCUGUGACCCCUUAGCCCCGCCCCUUCCUCCCCAGCCUGCUCUGUGACAUCAUCAGCAGGAAGUCCACCGUUCUCCAGCCGCAGCUCGGACCUUCAGCCUCACGUGUUGCCAAAGUUCUCCUGUCGCCUCACAUCUCUUCUCACCAUGUUUGCUGCAUCCCCUGGGGUCACCUGUCUGUCUGUCUGUCUGUCUGUCUGUCUGUCUGUCUGUCUGUCUGUCUGUCUGUCUGUCUGUCUGUCUGAGGAAACUCUCUGAAUGUAAAUCAGCUCCUUCCUGUUUCUCUCACCUGUUCUGCCCUGAACCUUUGGAACCCAGUCCAGGUUCUGUCCUGACUCUCCUCACCUGACCAGGGGUGAUGCAGUCUGGUCCAAUCAGAGUCCCACCUGGUUCUGUCAGUCUUUCCUCUCGUUUUUUCCCAGAAUCCUUUGUGUUGCUCAGCUGCUUUACUUCCUGACGUCUUUAAACUUUUUCUAAUGUUCUGUAAAAAAAAAAAAAAAAAAAAAAGUCUGAUAAAGAAAAACAUGUAAAAAAAAUCUAUUUUUUCUUAAGGUAGUGAUGAAAUUAAAUGUUUAUUGAGGAAAA